CUGUGAGCUGUAGGCAACGGCUUUAUGCGCCUGUACAUCAUGAAUACUCCGUACUGAGCCGCACGUAAAUGUGACUUGCAUUCUACCUAGUCCUCUUCCCUCGAGCUCCCCGUCUCGAACAAACCAAGUACGUACAACCAACAGCCAGUUGAGAUAGGCAGCGAAAUGCAUUAGGUUUUGUCAUGUAGUCAGGCGUUAUGGAAAACACAGGCAUGUUCGCCAACGUCUUAGCAUCCGAGGGUUAUGCCAACGACGGCCACCUCCAACUAGAUUCCGACAUGUUUGCAUAUCAGCACGAGUCAUUUGCGCCCCGGUCACAAGCUCCAGCAUCACAUUUGAAGCUCCGGUCUAGUUGUGACGCCUGUGGCCAAGCAAAGGUGCGAGACCAACGCCCACUCCUAAACUGUGUGACGAGCGGCUUACGUGCCAGAACUAAGACCAAGUGCGAUCGUAGACGACCGGCCUGCUCGCGGUGUGUUUCCCAGGGCAUCAAAUGCGUGUAUGGAGUGUCGAGAAAGUCUGGAAAGCCCCCGCGACGACGGCCCCCUGUUACGUCGCCCAGCGAGUCUGAGAAGAGGGCGACAAACGUCGACCUCAUGUUUGGUUUAGCUGAGGGCACCUUACCGAUCACUCCUGACUUCUCUGCAACUGACAUAGGCUUCCAAGCCCAGUUUCCAUUUGGCAGCCUUGGCGACCUCAGUGUGCUCACGCCAAACCUGUCUGACCAGGAUACCACAGGACUGACCUGGCAAUGCGACUCGAGGGCGACGCCAAAACCGGCUGAAAAUAGCAGUACACCGAACGCGGUCACAGGCGCAACAGCGCAGCGACAUAGCUGCGCUCAAGAGCUUAAGGAUAUCAUGCGCGUCUUGUAUUGCUCUAACCCUUUUACUCCUGUUUCUGACGGCGUACUGGCACGUACAUUAGACCUAGGCUCUAUCCUGACACGCAGCCGCGACGUUGUGAGGCGCCUGGAACUACUCCUCAAGUGCCCUUGCGCCCGCUCGCCGCACAUGGCUAUGUUAUAUGCUUCCAUCAUGUCACGUAUGCUGCUGUGGUAUCGUCAGGCUGCCUGGAACGCAACUACUACUGGGGCAUCGCCCACGCCAGCAGCGGAGGAGCCAAUGCCAUUUGUCUCGGGCAGUAGCUUGACUAAGGCCGGCGCUGCGGAGACGGCCGAUGAAAUUGGCGGUGGUGUCUCAGUUCUCGCCAUGCCCGUCACGGUUGGCACCUUUGAAACCGAUGACCGGAAUCUUCAGACUGCUCUAACGAAUUGUCUUCUUUUGAGCGAGCUUAGGAAGGUUGGGGCGCUGAUUGACAUGUUCAUGUGUAUCGGCAGGUCCGAAUUGCAGAAUACAAAUGCUGCUUGUUCUAUAGGCGAGGAGCUAGGAGCUUGCCAGGGAGAUACAGCCUUGUUUGAGAGCUUAGGCGCUUGGCUCUGGACUGAGCACGGACAUAUCUUGAAGAAAGCGAGAUCGGGCUUGUCUGUACUGCAUGAAAACAUUCCUGGCCCCUCGCAGUGAGAGAGAUCCACGUACAUCGGCAUAAUGACAACGAAUUAUGGCUUUUCAAUUCUCCUACCUGGCAUUGCUUUGAUAUCGUUCAGAGACCAAGAAACAUGCCCCUGAACACAUUAUCGAAUCUUGAAUGGUGUGGAAGUCAGAACGGUGCUGAGCAAGGCCUUUCCGUCAAUAUGAGCACAUAAUAUAACAGCGGAUGCUGGUAUAUCUGGAACAUGGUAGAGUUUCUGUCAACUAAUUAGACUGCGAAAGGCGAACGCUCAUAAUUCAGGAGCCAUCAUUUCGGCUAUGAGAUCAGCGGCAAGUUCCAUAGGAUGUA